CUGCUGAUUUUAUUUUGAGUCAGUUCGCUAACCGAGUUGUGUCCAGUUUUUAUGAAAAUAAUGAAAAAAAAUAGUUCGAACUCAUAGAAAAUAAUUAGUUACGAUCAUGACCGAUAGCAGUACUAUUGUGGUUUCCCUGAAGAUACCGUUUCCAUCGCGCCGAGAAGCCGAAAUCGCUUUUGAGGUUCUUCGAAUCGACAACGAACCAAAGAGAAGUUUCAUUGAAAAAUCCCUCAAAUUGCAAGACAACCAACUGCUGGUGGAAUUCAACGGUCAGCAGGCGAAAAACGUGCGGGUUGGAGUGACGUCUUUCUUCGAAUCGUUGCUCCUUUGCUGCGAAACUUUGGACCAAUUUGGUCCGCCAACAUCCGAGAAGUACGAACAUUACUGAGAAGGGCGCAAUGCCGGAACACACUCCAGCUCCAACGCCUUCCCGUGCCAUCUACGGAUUCUGUUUGUUCCUGUUGUUUAAAACGCUGUUUAUCCUGUACGUACUCUGGGCAUUCAUCCCCACCUCGAUCUUGGACGGGUUCGGUUUGACCUACCUUCCGGAUAAGUAUUUUGCCUUGUUCAUUCCGAUUCUGGUGCUGGUGGGGCUUACUUUCUUCGCGUUCCUGAUUUAUCCAUCGUUGUCGCUUGCGAUGAUGCCGGAUGUGGCCUCCGUCUGCACCAUUACGGAUCGAUUCACAAUCGUCCGCUGUCAGUAUCAGUAUCCGGAUCGGCAACGGUGUAAUCAGAAAAUCGACGCCGUUUAUCGGGACAGUUGGGCCGCUAAACCGUUCUGCUCGAAGCACUCGAUCCGGGUGACAACGGCAAGUGAUUUGAGGAGCAGCGUCAGGAUUUCCAACUACUGCGAUUGUCCUGAAGAGGAAAGAUGUUUGCUCCGGAAGGACCCGGGACAUUUGGCAAAGCUACGGGCGAAACAGAUGGUACCGGCGGUGGCGGAUUUGAAUAUGGGCGAAGUGAGUCGGGUUCUUUAUCGGAAACGUAGACGAUAAGGGUCAUGUUCUGUACCAAAUAAUACAAAAAAUAUUAAAAUAUAGCUUUAUU